CCGACCAUGAGGUUAAAGUGUAAUAACUCGUGCCAGUUAAUUCCAUUAUGUUUCACAUUAUUGGUUUUAUUCACAUUCAAAGUGGAAACCCGAAAGAGUUUAAAAUUUGAAAGACACCGAAAUCCCGAACAAAGUCAUCAUAAUUUGAAAAACGAACUCAAAAGUCUGUCCAUUAAGCACAAUCUGAAGGUGGAAGAUGCCACAACGGUGGCUCCUUUAAAGGAUCGGAGUACAAGUUUGGGAAAUUAUGCCAACACGAUGUACUAUACCAAAAUAGAGAUUGGAACACCUCCACAGGAAUUCACAGUGUUAAUCGAUACGGGAUCAGCGAAUCUAUGGGUGCCUUCGAUUCAGUGUACAGCUUCACCCUGUCAGAAUCACAGGAAAUACAACUCAAAGGCUUCAAGGACUCAUGUGGUUAAUAACACAAACUUCCAGAUACAAUAUGCCUCAAAUUCAGGUGAAGGCGGUGUGGCACUCUCUGGACACAUAUCCCAGGAUGUUGUAAAGAUAGGAAGUUAUUCCAUUCGCAAUCAGGGAUUUGCUGAGAUCAUCGAUGAACCACUUAAACCCUUUCUCAACUCUCCCUUCGAUGGUAUCUUGGGUCUGGCCUAUGACACCAUAGCAAUUGGUGGUGUCACGCCUCUCCUUUAUAAUUUGGUUAAUCAAGGUCAAAUAGAGUAUCUAGGUUUCUCGAUAUACUUUCAAAGGAAUGGCACGAAUGCCUUGAGCGGUGGAGAGCUAAUACUAGGAGCCACCGAUUCCCGUCUUUAUAGUGGAUGUCUCACCUAUGUGCCCAUCUCUACACCUGCUUAUUUUCAAUUUGAAAUGACAAGUGCCACAUUGAAUGGCAGCAAAUUGUGUUCAAACUGUGAAACCAUCCUAGAUGCAGGCACUUCAAUGAUUGUGGUACCUGGAAAAGCUAUUAAAAAAAUCAACAAAUUAUUGGGUGUUACAAAUCCAAAUGAUGCAAGUGGUGUGUUUUUUGUGGAUUGCUCAACAGUUUCCCUUUUACCGGAUAUGAUUUUCACCAUUGCUCGGAAGGAGUUGCCCUUGAAGUCAUCUCAAUAUGUUCUUCAAUAUGGAAAUGUUUGUGUUUCGAGCUUUACAAGUUUGGAGGGAAACUCUUUAUGGGUUCUAGGUGAUAGUUUCAUGGGUGCUUAUUACACGGUUUUUGAUUUGGAAUAUCAUCAAAUAGGAAUUGGCAAGGCAGUGCAUUGAGAUGAGAUGUUACUCGGAAAAUAUAUACAUAUUUUAAAGUACUUAAUGUUGUAGAGGACUAGGAUUAUGUCCUUUUACAGGCACACAAUUAAUAAAACUAAUCUAAAUAAUACCCAUUGUAUACUUUGUAAAGAUAAUA